UCACUGACAUGAAUUACGGAAAUUAGAAAUGGCUGCGAUGGGUAGUGGACGGGGAACGAUGGAUUCCCAAAAUCAAGUGCAAAGUGAUACAGUAGAUCGUUUAAAAUUACUUUAUCCUAAUGUGAACGAAGAUGAAACACCAUUACCAAGAUCGUGGAGUACCAAGGACAAAUUCAGCUACAUCGGGUUGUCGCAAAAUAAUCUUCGAGUCCACUACAAAGGUGGGACGCAGGGCCCCGGCCGCCGACCCCACCUGCCAUACCUCCACUUACGCCUCUGGAUGUAUCGUCAUGGCAAGACGCACAAGGACGCGGCGAGUGUGCGCGCCACGCACCCCAUCCCAGCAGCAUGCGGCCUUUAUUACUUCGAGGUGCGCAUCGUGUCCAAGGGCCGCGACGGGUAUAUGGGCAUCGGGCUAUCCGCGCACGGAGUCAACAUGAACCGCUUACCUGGUUGGGACAAGCACUCGUACGGGUACCACGGCGACGACGGGCACUCGUUCUGCUCGUCGGGCACCGGGCAGCCGUACGGGCCCACCUUCACCACCGGCGACGUGAUCGGCUGCGGCGUCAACCUCGUCGACAACACCUGCUUCUACACCAAGAACGGGCACCACCUCGGCAUUGCCUUCAGGGGACUACCGCCCAACCUGUACCCGACGGUGGGCCUGCAGACGCCGGGCGAGGUGGUGGACGCCAACUUCGGCCAGGCGCCGUUCGUGUUCGACAUCGAGGACAUGCUUCGCGAGCUGCGCGCGCGCACGCGCAUCGCCAUCGAUGAGUUCCCGCUGCCCACCGAGCAGGGCCAGUGGCAGCAAGUGCUGCACAGGAUGGUGUCGUCGUACCUGGUGCACCACGGCUACUGCGGCACGGCGCAGGCGUUCGCGCGCGCCGCCGCGCAGCCCAUCCACGAGGACAUCGCCUCCAUCAAAAACAGACAGAGAGUGUCGAAGCUGGUGCUGGCGGGUCGCAUCGGCGAGGCCAUCGAGCUGACACGGCGCCUGUACCCCGGCCUGCUGGAGCGGGACUCCGACCUGUUGUUCCUGCUCAAGUGCCGCCAGUUCGUCGAGAUGGUUAACGGCUCUGACUCGGAGGUGGCGGGCGAGGGCAGCAACGGCGUGUCGGUGAUCUCGCACACGUCGCGCGCGCCCGCGGUCAACGGGGAGCCUUCGCCCAAACAGACCAACGGAGUGUCCCCGGCGUCCCCGGGCGGGUCGUGCGACGUGGACAUGUCCCCCCCCCACGAGCCGCACGGCCCGCCGCGCGACUGCGGCCCGCACGCGCAUGCGCCGCACGAGCCGCACGCCAACGGGGACCACGCCGGUAGCGCGCCGCAGCCGGUGAAGGGCAUGCCCGGCGUGACGCACAGCCUGAGCGCGCUCGCCACUGACUUCUACUCCGAGGCGAGCGCGGGGUGCGGAGGGUGCGGCGCGCGCGCCUCCGUGGAGCGCAUGCUGGCGUUCGGCCGCGAGCUGUACGCCAUGAGCCAGAAGCUGCAGCAAGAUGUCUACCACAAGUCCAUGCUCGAGGAUGCAUUCAGCUUGUUAGCGUAUAGCAACCCGUGGGACAGCCCGGUGGGCUGGCAGCUGGAGCCCGUCCGCCGCGAGGCCGUCUGCGAAGCGCUCAACUCCGCCAUAUUGGAAUCGCAGGGUAUGCAGUGGAUCUCCCCGGUGGAGGCGUGCGUGUCGCACGCGCGGGACCUGCUGAAGCGCAUGUCGCGCGCCGGGCUGGGCGCCUGCGCCUUCGCCGACCUGCCGGCGCUGCUGCGGCGCUGACCGG